AAGUAAAGGAAAGCACUGUGGAGAGGUGCGGAUGGUAAAUGUGGGUCGGCCAUCGACAGCAGGUGGAAAGUGGCUGAUAUCAAAGUUUCAUUGAGUAAUUUGUACGGGAGUGCAGACGACAACCGGUGCAGUUGAAUGCUGGAAACCCUCGUGAACACGCGAUUUCAGUGCUUGUGUCGUUGGUGAUUUAUACGGAUUAUACCAUGGGGCUGCUCAAGGUGCUCCUACUUUUGGCCACGUGUUCCGCCAUACGAACGGAACCGGAAAAGCCGCCGCCGACAAUCACCCGCACCGAAAUCAAAGUCUCCAGGAGCUUGAACCCCGAAGACAUGCAAACGCUCAACGUCAUGACCAAAGAUGGGAAUGUGGCCCAGCUUAUAGUCAAACGACGCGACCGCAAAACUGAGCAACAAGAUGACAGGAAAAACCAAUUUUCCAGGGCUAUUUACGCCAAUUGGAUACCGGUCUCCUCCUUCUACUACCAGCCCAACAUCAUACGCUUGGACACUAUUGCCUUGGUCCGGAACGCCACCCAGGAGAAGAAGCCCAACGUUGUGGACAGCGACAGAAUUCCUAACGUGCCUAAGCCCGUUACCAUACGCUCUGGAGACAUUUUCAUCAAAAACAACGAGCCAAAGCGGGCGCGUUCCAUCGUCCAGAUGGACCAAGACGGCAUUCCGGUGAUUCACGGAGUGCGAGUUCCUGAUGACGAAACCGACCGUCAAACUUGGCGAAACGCUCGAGUCAUCAAUGGAGAACUGGUACCAUAUGAGGAAGGUUACAAGCCACCACCGGCUGUCCCCAUCGGUCAGCUAAUCUACGCCAGUCAAGUCAAAGACAAAGAAGAUUCCAGAAGCAUUGGUCCUUUCACCAAACAGGACAACUACAAGAGCGAGGAUAAUCACAAUUCGUUCGGUCCCUUCACUGUUAAGGACAAUCUCCCGGCGGAAAAGCCCAAACAAAACGAAGAUUAUGUCAGGUUUAACAGCCAGUCGGGAAUUGGCCCGUUUACGAAAGCCGACAACGCCAAAAUCACAAGCUCGAAGUUGAUCGAUUACAUCAAGGAAAUCAACGCGAAGGAAAGCAAACGCGAUUAUUUCGCAAGACGGAAGUACCGCUCGUACGAUGACAACACACAGAUGCAGAGAAGGAUGUUGCAAUAUCCGGGCCAGCCGUCCUAUCCCAACUCCUUGCUCUACACACCUACGUCCAAGUUGAGCCCAGUCACGUUCAAUGAGGGCGUUAGAACUCCGGUUUUGCAAUACGCGCACCCGGAACUGGGCGUCCAACCCGCCAAAGCUACCCCGGAGGACGAAGAAGAAAUGGUUUACAAGGACAACCAAUACGAAGUUGACAGUGGCCGACAAUCACAAUACGAUGGGGUCAACAGUGUCAAUUACUACCGGAAGGACGUCAUCAAUUAUCCUUACAACACCUACUACUACAAGCCGAAGCCGGAGCAACCGUUCUGGAUCCGCAUCUCUGAAAGCAUCAAAGACAACGUCCAGAACGGUUUUGCCCGAAUGCAGCAACUGACCCGUCCAGUGUUCGAGCCUUUGGUCGAAGCCACCCACAAAAUAUCGCACAAUUUGGGCUUUUCCAAGGAGCCGCAAGCCCAGGAGAAGGUGGGGCUGAUAGCCCCCAUGGGCAGUUCGGUGAUUUUGCCCGCGCUGGGGCUCGUGGCGGGCGGGGCGGCCCUGGGGCUUGGCGCGGCUGCGGUUGGUCGCUUCCUAAACCCCAACGACAUGCGGGCGUUCGGUGAAGUUAACCCGAACGAUAUUGUGGUUAUUAUGGAGGAGCCGCCGCAGGACGGCCACGAGGAGCAUAAGAGGUUCCGGCGAAACGCCGAAGAUGAGUAUUACAUGCAGCAGUUGGUUGCAAAUGUUGAGAAAGACAAAGGGUUGCAUCAUCUCGCCGCUCCGCAUUUUUGGUCGGACACGUCCUGUGCCAAGCGGCUGUUUUGCGAGGUGAUGGUGCGGCAGAACGACGACGAGGUGGUCUUGAUGGAGAAGAAAAUGGACAGUUUGAUGGCAUCGGUGCAUCCAGACGUCGCCAAUCAGGUCUCGCACCAUCUCCAGCAAGUCAUGGAUUCGGUCAAAAUGAGGGACUGCUCCAAGCUUUACUGCAACAGGAGGUACCCUGUUCCGGCUCCGGCGGCCUAAUCUAAUCACUUAUCACAAGAAUUGUCCAUGACCAACGCAUCUGAAUAUUUAUUUUUUAUUGUUAGUAGUUUCGCUCGAAACAUUAUAUUAAUGUUACCUUUUAUCGAAUAUACGUUAAUUACAACCAAUUACAGACGCCUUUGUCUGGCUUUUGCCAUAUUUGUGUACGUAUGGUGGUAAAUUGUUGAGUACAGCACGCGCCAAAAUUGUGAAAUAGUUUGCAGAAUUGGCCAAUAAACGCGCAAACUGUCCAUUAUUACUUAGUAAAUUGUCAGUGCUAGAUAAAGUGAUAAAUAAUUGUACAUAGUCACCCCCCCUUCUUUUAAUUUAUAAAUGUUACGCUAAGAGAUAAUUUCUGUUAACUAUUCCAAUAAAGCUAUAAACCGUA